GGAAGAGAAGGGGAGAGAAAUGGGAGCCGAGGGCGGGGGGAGGAGAAAAAGGGCUCGCGAGAGCUGACGGGGCCUGCAACAACAAUUCCAUGUAGUUUCGUACUGCCUUCUGUCAUUCCACUGUGGGCGCCAGUUCGCUUGUUUCGGGCGCGACGCUGGUAUUCCGAACGAUCUUGGAGGUAUCCGCUGCGGGAACCCUAAGGCGAGAGCUGUUUGGCCAAGCAACGUCCGAUACGACGAGGACGAGGACGAGGACGACCCUAGGGGCAGUGGGUUUUGUCAGCUUAUCUAGCGCGCAUCACGUCGAACACGGGUUGCGUGUCUUGCCGUGCUCCGAGAGUUCGAACUCGAGUGCGAUCGGGGAGCGCAGAAUGAGAUCGAGAACACGUGCAGAGCACUGUGAUUCUCGUGACUCGAUGGCCCUCUGACCUGCGGAGGAAUUGACGUCGAGGUCGAUGGCAGCGAUCGGCUUCUGCGUCGUCAGUCGUCCGUAGGGUGGUGGUGGUGGGGAAUUCGGCCUUGCUUGCCAAUUAUGGAAUCUCCGCAGAGCUCCCAUCGGUGGCGUUUGUUUUCUCCUGGCGACUUGGACCGGUCACGAGACUCUUAAUUUAGCGCAACUGAAUAUUGAGCUCUUCUGUGUCCUCUCAGCUCUUCUCCUGAAGAUGAAAGAGAUACGCACAGUUGUUACUAAGAGACUGUGGCUAAAAGCGAUUGGAACCACGUCUGUUGGGCUGACACGUAUUCGGCCGUAUUGUUGACCUACUGUCGUCGAUCCACUGUGUACUGAAGUACUUCAUCUUUCAAGUGAGCAGGCUUGCGUCAAUUGAUAUCCUUCAGAUCGGCUGGCGCAGGAGUUAUCUCGAACAAUUUAAAUCGAAAGCCGGAUAGAUUGAACUUGAGCUGUCCUGGUCAGAAGUAGGGCGGUGGCAUCCUUGCCAGGAACUUCCAGAUUGCGACUCGGAACUCUAUCCAAAUCUUGUUAUGCUCAUCUGGUGGCACAAUCAAUAUCUGAACUACCCGUGCCCUGGUUUCUGGUCAAACGGCAUAAUCGAAGCAGAUUACGACGAGAGCAGGGAAUCUUUAAAGUACGACAAGAGAAAAUUCAAAAUUACAACGGGUUUUUCGCCUAGCUGUGGUGUGGAAGGAGCCAUUUGCUGUUCUAUAGAGGAUGGACAAGAAACCUGGAAACCGGAGUUGACAUCUGAUUAAGUUGUACACCUCGUCUCUCCUCUUUUCCACUGUAAGAGUGUUGACAAAUGGAGGGAAAUAUGGAUCGAGCAUUGUGGGUUACUCUGGCAGUGGCAGCCGGAGUAGCAGCUGGGACUGCAGCGGCUGUAACGGCGGCUGCUUUUCCUUACGCUUUUGGGGCAGCUUUUACUGCAUUGCGGUCCAAAAGGAAGAAAGAACACCGAGAACACAGGCAUCGCCACAAGUCUGAUAAAGCUAAACGAACUUCCAGCAAACCCAAAGAAGGGCAAGCAUACAAGGACGCCAUACGGAAGGGGCUCACAAACUGGAAAGAUAUUGAUGUCAAUUUGGACGAAUUCCCUUAUUUCAUUAACGAAAGCACAAAAUCUGCCCUUCUGGAUUCAAUGUUUGUCUAUCUCAAGCGACCGGAGUUCACCAAAUAUACUUCAGAUUUAGCAUCCGUCAGUCCGCGAAUCCUACUUACAGGUCCUCCAGGAUCCGAAAUUUAUCAAGAACAGCUGGUGAAGGGGUUGGCUCACCACUUGCAAGUCAACCUACUUAUCUUCGACAGCACGAGAGUAUUUCUAGAAGCAAGUGAAUCCGUCCCUGGAAGUUUGGAGCGGGUGUCGGAGGACACUUCUGCUGCAAAUCAGCACUCAACUGAUGCUCCUGUGGAGCCCAUGGAUGUCUCUACUGGCCAGUUGAACGAGGUGGGAAGCGUUGAAAGUCAGACACCUUCUACGGAUGCAAGGCCAGAGAGCGUGAAAUCUCUGAGAACUACUUCUUCCUCCACUCGGUCGAAAGAUACUGAUGCAGAAUCAGUAGGAUUGGGACCAAUUUCUCAGUUGCGUGGGAAAGGAAAGGGAGAAACCAGUCUUGACACUAAAUCAUUGGUCACCGCCGUUGCAGCAGCUGCUACAGCUGCCACAGCUACCUCGACUUCGACUGCUGUAGAAACUCGGCGCGUUUUGAAGAAAGGUGAUCGUGUGAAGUUUGUAGGCGCUGGUGCGGGUGCAGCUGGAGGUGUAGUUGUCCUAAAUCACAGUGUGACGUCUGGGGGUGGGCCUUCGGUGGGAGCCAGAGGUCGAGUAUUGGUUAUGUUCGAGGAAAACCCCAACAAAGUUGGAGUUCGUUUUGACAAGCCAGUUUACGGUGGGAACAAUUUAGUUGAUCUUUGUGAAGAUGGACACGGUUUUUUCUGCAAUGUGACAGAGCUUCGUUUGGAGCAUUCUAUUGGGGAGGAUGCCGAUAAACUCGUGUUGGAUUCCCUUUUAGAGGUGUUGCUUGCUGAGGCUUCAAAGGAACCACUUGUUCUUUUCAUAAGAAAUGUCGAGAAGUCAAUCAUUGGAAACUUUGAGCGUUACAUGAAGUUGGAGCGACUUGAAAGGACUGAUGCCAGGCUUGUCGUUGUUGGAUCACAUACCUCAGAUCAGCAGAAAGAAAAGGGCAGCUCUGGAUCUUCUGCCUCAACGAAGCUGGGAAAUAAUUUCACUGCUUUAUUGGAUCUCUCUUUCCUAGAUCAUCUUGCUUCCCGCAUGGAGGAUUACAAGGGAGAUGGACCAAAGGCAUCGAAGAUGCUUGUGAAACUGUUUCCAACUAAACUACAACUCCAACCUCCACAGGAUGAGACUCUGUUAAUCGAGUGGAAUCGCCAAUUAGAGCAAGACACAGAGAAAUUAAAGGCCGAAGCUAACAGGCAACACCUGCGCAUGGUUAUGGGAGCAUCAAGCGUUGAAUGUAGUGAUCUUUCGAGUAUCGAUAUCCGAACACAUAUUUUGACGCAUGAUAUGUCAGAAAAAGUUGUAGGCUGGGGUAUUAGCCAUCACCUGCAAACACAUCCUGAGCCUGUUCUUCAGAACGGGAAACUUGUUAUUGGACCCGAGAGUUUGCAGCACAGCCUCACAGAAAUUCAAUCGCUUCAGCGGGGCGCUACCACUAAGAAGAAAACCUUAAAGGAUGUGACAUGUGACAACGAGUUUGAGAAAAUGCUGUUGCCGGAGGUAAUUCCACCAGAUGAGCUUGGAGUAACGUUUGAUCAUAUUGGAGCUCUUGAGAAUGUGAAGGAAACUCUCCGAGAGUUGGUAAUGCUCCCUCUUCAGAGACCAGAGCUGUUUGUGAAAGGGCAGUUGACCAAGCCCUGUAGAGGACUGCUUCUCUUCGGCCCACCUGGUACGGGCAAAACAAUGCUGGCAAAGGCAGUGGCCACAGAAGCUGGAGCAAACUUCAUCAACAUCUCAAUGUCGACUAUUGCAUCGAAGUGGUUCGGGGAAGCUGAGAAAUACGUCAAAGCUGUAUUCACCCUUGCAAGCAAGAUAUCACCGAGUGUCAUUUUUAUCGACGAGGUGGACAGCAUGCUGGGGCGCAGAGGUAAAGAUACUGAACAUUCGGCCAUGCGAAAAUUAAAGAACGAGUUCAUGGCUAGCUGGGAUGGACUGCGAACCAGAGAGAAAGAAAGAGUAUUGGUCUUAGCAGCUACAAAUCGACCUUUCGAUCUUGACGAAGCUGUGAUCAGAAGAUUCCCUCGGAGAUUGAUGAUAGAUCUUCCAGAUGCAGAUAAUAGGUCUAAAAUCUUGAAGGUCAUACUUGCUGAGGAGGACGUAUCGCCUGAUUUUAAUACAGAUGAAUUGGCAGCCGCUACAGAUGGCUAUUCGGGUAGUGAUUUAAAGAGUUUAUGUACAACCGCUGCCUACAGACGGAUACGAGAACUUUUAGACAAGGAGAAAAAGGACAAGGAGAAGGCCAAGGAGGAGGGCAUUGAGUUGCCUAAAGCGGAGGCGGGAGUAACGCCCUACAUUCGUCCAUUGACCAUGGCAGAUAUGCGUCAGGCUAUGGAGAAGGUGAGGUCAAGUGUUGCUUCAGACGCUGGAAGUAUGAUGGAGCUCCAACAGUGGAAUGAACAGUAUGGAGAAGGGGGCACGCGAAAAAAGACCACUCUUAGCUAUUUCAUGUGAAUUUCGAACAUCCUUGUAGAUAUUAUCGGCCAUUUGAUCGUAGGGUCAACACUGGCUGUGCUGCUGUCUCCUCUUUCGACGAACCUGAUCAUAGUGGUUUGUCACAAAUACCCGCGGCGGGUUUUGAUGGAUGACAGCGUUGGAACUUUAGAAAGAGGCCUCGAGUACAGUAUGCUUCGCGAAUAGGAUUUCCUAGUUCAACUCUUUGAGGACUUAUCUUCGACUUCCGACGACGUGGUGGUAAUCAAAGAGGAGGCAUCGACGUAGGGACGAGUUGGGUCAGAUUGUGGCUGAACAGCUUGUUAUACAGGCUCAAUUGCAACUUUCCCAAGAACCAGUCGUCUGCUCAUUAUGGAUGGGCUGUUUCUUGUGGAGCAUUGUAGAUGUGAAUAAUUAGGUGCCUGCUGUCGGCUAAGAUUUUUUACGGAUAUCUUGACCUAGCAAGUGACCAUAAGCUUGCUUUACGGCCUAGUGAGGAUGAUAUUCCAUCCUGGGAGCUGGGUCUGGCACACAAUUUUUGUAAUGAAGUUGCUGGAAAUGUCACCUUAAUCAGAACAUCUC